AUGGCUGAGCAGGUACCGACCUUCAAGCUUGUCCUCGUCGGUGACGGUGGUACUGGAAAGACCACCUUCGUCAAGCGCCACUUGACUGGCGAGUUCGAGAAGAAGUACAUCGCCACUCUCGGUGUCGAAGUGCACCCUCUCGCUUUCCACACCAACCUGGGUAACAUCCAGUUCGACGUCUGGGACACUGCUGGUCAGGAGAAGUUCGGUGGUCUUCGCGAUGGUUACUACAUCAACGGACAGUGCGGUAUCAUCAUGUUCGAUGUUACCUCCCGUAUCACCUACAAGAACGUCCCCAACUGGCACCGUGAUCUCGUCCGUGUCUGCGAGGGUAUCCCCAUCGUGCUGUGCGGUAACAAGGUCGAUGUCAAGGAGCGUAAGGUGAAGGCCAAGACCAUCACCUUCCACCGCAAGAAGAACCUCCAGUACUACGACAUCUCCGCCAAGUCCAACUACAACUUCGAGAAGCCCUUCCUCUGGCUCGCUCGCAAGUUGGUCGGCAACCCCCAGCUGGAAUUCGUUGCUGCCCCCGCUCUUGCUCCCCCCGAGGUCACCGUCAACAAGGAGCUUCUGGCCCAGUACGAGCAGGAGAUGGAUGCUGCCGCCAACAUGCCCCUGCCCGACGAGGAGGACGCCGAUUUGUAA